CUCUCUCUUUGGGACCCACUGGAAGUGGAAGCAGUAACCCCUCGGUCAGCUCCUCCCCUUCCGUCCUAAUCUCAAAGUCCAGCUGGUCAGUGAGCAGUGGAGCCCUUCCUCAGACCUGCUUCCACGGGGAUUUGCUCCCUGACUGGGAGAGAUGACUCUAGCCUGGAGACAUUUGCUGAGAGCUUUGUACCUGGAGACCUCAACUCCCAGGACUCCCAAGACAUGCCCUUCCCCCAAAGUAGGUGCUUUCUGGACCUCUGUAACCAAGCUCGGUCUUCAUACAAAGCCCAGCAUGCCUCCGUGUGACUUCACACCUGAAAGAUACCAGUCCCUUGCCUAUAAUCGAGUCCUGGAGAUCCACAAGCAACAUCUUUCUCCUGUGCUGACGGCCUAUUUCUCAGAGCCCUUGUUGCUCCACCAGGGGCACAUGGAGUGGCUCUUUGAUUAUGAAGGAAACAGAUACCUGGACUUCUUUUCUGGGAUUGUCACUGUCAGUGUUGGUCACUGCCACCCGAAAGUAAACGCAGUGGCACAAAAGCAGCUUGGCCGCCUGUGGCACACAAGUGCCGUCUUCUUCCACCCUCCGAUCCACGAAUAUGCAGAGAAGCUUUCAGCGCUUCUUCCUGAACCUCUGAAGGUCAUUUUCCUGAUGAACAGUGGCUCAGAAGCCAAUGACCUAGCCAUGCUGAUGGCCAGAGCACACUCAAAUAACACAGAUAUCAUUUCUUUCAGAGGAGCCUACCAUGGAUGCAGUCCUUACACACUUGGCUUGACAAAUGUAGGGUUCCACAAAAUGGAACUCCCCAGUGGGAUGGGCUGCCAAUCCACGAUGUGCCCGGAUGUUUUCCGUGGCCCUUGGGGAGGAAGCCACUGCCGAGAUUCUCGAGUGCAAACAAUUAGGAAAUGCAGCUGUGCACCAGACUGCUGCCAAGCUAAAGACCAGUAUAUUGAACAAUUCAAAGAUACUCUGAACACUUCUGUGGCCAAAUCAAUUGCUGGAUUUUUUGCAGAGCCGAUUCAAGGGGUGAAUGGCGUUGUCCAGUACCCAAAGGGGUUUCUAAAGGAAGCCUUCGAGCUGGUUCGUGAGCGGGGAGGCGUGUGCAUCACAGAUGAAGUGCAGACAGGAUUUGGAAGGUUGGGUUCUCACUUCUGGGGCUUCCAAACGCACGGUGUCCUGCCGGAUAUUGUCACCAUGGCUAAAGGGAUUGGGAAUGGUUUUCCCAUGGCAGCAGUUGUGACAACUCCAGAGAUUGCCAAGUCUUUGGCUAAACGCCUGCUUCACUUCAAUACCUUCGGAGGGAACCCCAUGGCCUGCGCCAUUGGAUCAUCGGUGCUUGAGGUAAUUAAAGAAGAAAAUCUACAAGAAAACAGCCAGGAAGUUGGCACCUAUAUGUUACUGAAGUUUGCUAAGCUGAGAGAUGAAUUUGAAAUCGUUGGAGACGUCCGAGGCAAAGGCCUCAUGAUAGGAAUAGAGAUGGUGAAGGAUAAGACGAGCCGCCAGCCUCUUCCCCGUGAAGAAGUAAAUCAAAUCCACCAGGACUGCAAACGCAUGGGGCUUCUGAUUGGCAGGGGUGGCACUUUUUCUCAGACAUUCCGCAUCGCACCCUCGAUGUGCAUCACUAAACCAGAAGUUGAUUUUGCAGUGGAAGUAUUCCGUUCUGCCUUAAUCCAACACAUGGAGAGCCAAGACAAAUAAUUUUUUGAAAAAAGAACCACAAGCCUCAAGAACUUCCCACUUAUGUUCAAGGGUUAAUUUGAGAAAUUUCAGAACCACUGGUAUAAGUUGUAAAUGGUUGACUGCCUACCGGCCAUAUUUGUUAAUGGAGCUCCUGUUACCUUGAGAAAGCCAUCCCUCAGGAAAGGAUCUGUAUCCCUAGCUCAGAGAAUAAAUCCUAAUUAGUCUAGAUUAGUUAUGCUAAUUUUAUUCUCCUUUGCGGUGAAUGUUUACACCUGAUAUGUGACAUGAUUCCUGCAGGAAAAUCUUUUGGUGGAGGUGCCUUCAGGAAAAGAUUUCUUCAUCCUCUGCUCUUCGUCUCCUGAAGAGAUGUGUUCGUCCUGCAUUGAAGCACCAGAUGUCACGAUAGGACUGCUCCAACCACCGUCAGCCACUUUGCGGCCCUGAGGACGAGCUUAUUUGCUGAGGUUGGAAGGUGGAGCGAAGCUGAGUCCUUAGUGAUGUCAAAGGGCCACUGAUUUAACCAAUCCUGGAGCCCCCUUACCUUGGGGCUUCUUAUUAGAAAAUAAGUUCAAUGCAUCACACAA